AUGUUUUCUCAGGGUUCAAUCCCCGAGGUGAAGGAAGAUGUCAUUGGCUAUGCUCUCAAUGAGAGAAAAUUGAACAUACCGCAGUUUAAGGAUCUUGGCCCGCCCGAUCUUAUCACAAUGAUUAAAUACAUUCCGUCAAACCAUCAAUCGUAUAACAAUACAGGGGAUCGUCACCAUCAGCAUCAUAAGAACGGGUCUGCUGCACUGGAUAAGAGUAGUAAUGGGGAGACUUCUGCUGCUGCAUCGACCAAUGGGAACGUCGAUCAGACAUCAAUCGUAACUGGAUUGCACUCAAAGGACAAACUGAAGGGUGAGAUCGGCACAUUUUUCUAUUCCAUGGGUGUCGACGCUUCUGAUCCUACGUCAAUCGCAGUUUACCUGAAGACUAUAGCCGACACAAUUUCAGAAGAGGGACAAGUGUGGUUUGGAAAGACAAAGAAUUUCAAUGUUGCCAAAAUUUCGUUCUCUACAUGGAACACUUUCAGAAAAUGCGAUCUUAACGUGGUGGUCCACAUUCCCGGUACCGUUCAAACUUUUAUCUUGGACUCCCAAGGUGAACAACUACAAAUGGCUGGACACGGUCCCGAAACUGAGCGCGAUCAUGAGUUGCUUUGGGCUGAAACGUUCUUUAGUGGAGUUGUACGUGCUAUAAUGUUGAUGCGCGACAAUAGAGAAGAAGGUGAAGUACAAAAUCUAGUGGAGACUUUGAUUUUGAAUCCAUUGACAUCUGGUCAACUUGAAAGUGUAUCAGAGACUUUUAUUGCACUCUUCCCAUUGGUAUACGAAAACGGUCCUCAUUUAGGUGGACCAUGUGAUGUUACAAAUAUAACCAAAGUUAAUAAUUAUCUUAUUGAAACUCUAGUUGAAAUCGUUAAAAUCACUAAAAGUGUUGAUCAAUGCCGUUCCAUGUUGGAACAGCUGAUGGUUAAGAAUCCCGAAGUAGUUGUUAUACUUGCUCGCGUUCUUCUUACUAACGAUAUGGAAAUUGACGCAAUCGAUUUAAUCAAUGGACCAUUACUAUCUUUGCAGGAUGAUUCAUUACCGCCUCAUUUAGACUAUAAAUGUGACUUAUUAUCAAUACAGGCAGAAUUCCUAAUUGACAUCAAGCAAGACUAUAAAUUAGCCGCUAAAAUUGGUCAAGCGGCCGUAAACUGUGCACCCAGCGAGUUUAGACCUUGGUAUCUAUUGGCAAGAUCCUACAUCAAACUAAAUGAUGUAGAAAAUGCAUUAUUGACUCUAAAUUCUUGUCCGAUGACACCGUUAAAAGAAAAAUAUGCUUUGAAAAGAGUCGCUCCGAUACCAAGUGAUUCUAGCUUGCAUUUGCCACUUCCGGUUGAUGUAAUUUUUGAUGACAUCAGUUCGUUAGAUCCUCUCGAGAUUCAAAGAGAGCAUAAGAAUGCAGAUGCUUCUUUAGUAAAUUUAGCUGCAUCAAAUUUAAAAUCAGUCUUUCAAUUGGCUUAUAAAUUAUUGACCGAAGUUGUACAAAUAACUGGUUGGGAAGCACUAUUAAAAUAUAGAUCAAAAAUAUUUGUAAUGGAAGAGGAAUAUCAAAUUUCGUCGACUGAUGAAGUUGACAAGUCAAAGGAUGAGACACAAACUCCCAGUAAAAGUCCAGAAAACAUCUCAGACCGUGGUUUGCGUUCCAAAAGACUAUGUGAAAGGUGGUUGGAUAAUUUAUUCAUGUUGUUGUAUGAGGAUUUAAAAACUUAUACAUUAUGGCAAACUGAACAACUCUAUUUCGAAGCACAAUACUCCAAGUAUAACAAAUUAACCUUUGAAUGGGAAUUAUUCGGACUUUGCGCUCGUCGUCUCGGUCACUAUCCUGAGGCAGCGCGUGCCUUCCAAACAGGUCUCUCUCAAAGGUUUUCCGCAGAGUGCUCUCGUAGAUUACUCGAAUAUUGCAUCAAAGAACGCCAAAAGGUAAGGCUACAGUCAGGGUCUCCUAAUUCAGAAAUGUCAUCUUCACAAAUUAUUGGACGUAUUAAUGAGCUCGACAGCACUAUUAUCGACCUCGUAGUUAAAAUAUGUUGUUGGAAUCAUCGUUGGUAUAUUGAGUUUUCCCUAUUGUUGAUCAAUUCGCUCAGCGAGGUAAUUCAAGAUAUGGGACUCACCAAAAUCUCAAGUGAAAUAUCUUCAAAGUACCCAGAGUCAGUAUAUCAAUUACUGAGUGAUAAUUUCCUUGAUUUUUUCACAAAGUAUACCAACAGCUUCUACGAUACCUAA